UUGUGGGACGAGUUUCAUCACUGCAUUCCCCGAGAAUAUUGCAUUUUAUUAUCGAAAGACCUUUAACCUAUUCAAAAUCACUGCCCUUCACCCAAACACUAUGGUUAAUGUCACUUAUAUGGCCAGCGGCAACCUCACCACAAAUGCAAGUCUCGCAGUUGGAACCGUUUGGACUUUGAAUUUGACGAAAGAGGUUGAAGAAUCCCAGUUCCUGUAUUCCAACAAGACGUUUCGAAUCACCAGUGAUAAAAACAUCACAGUGGUUUCUGUGAGUGGAUGGGAGGGGAGAUUCCAGUCUCACGUUGUCCAGCCUGAACAAAAUCUGGGAAGUGUGUAUCAUGUUCCCUCUCUCAAUUACACCAAGAUAGCUGCAUCCUUCAACCUUACGAUGACAUCAUAUGUCAGAUUCCUCCCUUUUAGGCUGAUGAUUAUCAAUGCAGUGAGCGAGGAAAACAGUGUCACUAUCAAAUGGGUAAAUGAAAGCGGCGAGAGCCAAAAAUAUGUAAUAAUGCUUCAUCCUUACAAUCUUUACCAGAUUCAGAUUAAUGAGACGGUGAGAGAAAUCGAUGCAGAUCACAAAAUGGCUGUGAUUCUGACCCAUCCGUGUUUUGACAGCCAAAACUGCUCAUGCAACAUGAUUCUGAACCAGCUCCAGCCAUUUGUGUUAAAUGAAGGUAUAGACAGAUUUCCCAUGCCCCCUUUCUUCAUUCCCAAACAACUACUAGUGACAACAAAUAAACCCUUUAAGGUCUGUCAGGGUUAUUUUACUACUUGUAAUGAUGUUUGGGUGCAAAAUUCUUCAGACAUCCUGCCAUUAUUACCAAAUUUUACGAACGGGGCCUCACUUAUUUCUACUUCCAUGCAUGUUUCCCUCCAAUUAGUCAGACCUGGGCUCAUUCUAGACCUCAUUCCGGUAAGCAUGUUCUCUGGGUGCUAUCUGGUAGAUUUUAAUUCCUCAAGAAGUGGAGUCUUGGUGAUUGCUAAUACAUCCAGCACUAAUGAUGUGCGAAUGAACAAUUGGCCUUUGCCUCCAUACAUCUGGAACGUUAUGAAUGGCACAGAGUACUCUUGGGCUGUAGUGGUGGGACAAAGGAUAAGCACAAUCUGGCAUCCUUUUGCAAGAAUUGGUGUAUAUAUGUUUGAAGGCUUGGAGUCUAACAAUACCUAUGGGAGUGCAGCAACAGUUAUAAAUAGGGACCCAGACCGUUAUGGCUGUCUGGUGUCUCCGGAGAUGUUUGUACUUGGUAAAAAAGAAAUGAACUGGUCAAUGUCCCGUGAGUACUGCAUGAAAAAUGCUGAUCUGUUUGCCAGGCUCAACAAUAUAAGCAACCAGGAUAAGAUGGUCUCAGACAUGACGGAUGAAGACACCACGGAGGGCUGGAUCAGUCUGCGCCGCAGCCUGUACACAACAGACUGGUAUUGGAAAAACGAGGACAGUUUCUCACCCAAUGUGAACUUCACUAACUGGGACAACGGACAGCCUGAAAGGCCGGAGAAAGGCUUGUGUGCCUCAGUUUCCCUGGAUCCCAAAAAGAACUUCAAGUGGAAGAGUGCUUCCUGCUGUUCUAAUAAGAAACCAAUUUGCUAUAUUGGACCAAAACACCUCACUCUUUCAGAUACUUUGUAAUAAGCAGAUGUCUUAAUAACAAUACUUGUAAAGGGACCUCCAAAAUUCCUG